UGUGUGCGUGGGGAGGGCGCUAGAGAGUGACAGAUUUCAUACAAAACGAAUCUUGCUUCUUGUUGUCGAUGGACAAACAGAUGACAACGUUCAUCAGCUGGCACAGCGCUGAAAAUGAACUGACUGGACUACACAAUAGAAACUAAACUUUGACAGUGCAUGACCGCAGUGCCAGCUGAUAUGCCAUUACGGUUCUACAGUAUCAGCGUCGAGUUGUUUUGCUACAGACCAGUUAGUAGCUAGCCUAGUCGUCCCAGCUAGCCUACGCUAGUGUAAGCUAGUGCUAGUGGUGUAAGCUGUGUGAGCUGGCUAGCUAGCUAGCUAACGACUGCUGGCUGGUUAAUUUGAUAGCUGUCUGGUGAUGUUGAAAGACGUGAUCAGAGGUGUCAGUUGCCGUGGUGUCAUUAUCUGAAAUACGUUUACGGUUUCUUUUAGGUUACAGUAUGUUCGGGAAAUCCAAACACCUCCGGCUACUAGCUAGCUAAAGAAGCAAACAAUUGUUGUCAGUUACUGAUUUGGUAGCUACGGUAUUAUUGUUGAACGUUCAACACUGUAAGUACAUAUUGCAGUUCACAGUUUAGGCUGGUCGUGAAGCCCCGCAAGACCUGUUUCAGAGAGAUGGUUUUGAGAAGUUGUUGGAAAUCUCGACACAAGUCAGGUUUUGGCCCCGUCUCCGUAUGGAUGCGAACAGGGUGUGUUGCCUUGUUGUGGGUAUGCGUGUUCCACUUGGGAUGCUUGCGAUUAGUCGAUGGAACAAAAACAGUUGUGCAAAAAGACGCAGAGUUUGAUGUAACAUAUAAUGACACGGUUACGAGUGACGACCAAAUUAUCUACGCCUUCAAUCACACCAUCUCCCGGAAUAAGACUGAGGGGAUACGUGUGACGGUUGACGGGCUCUCCGAAGGUCUGGAAAGCCCUAUCUUGUUUGUGGUGAGGCAGAAGCAGGCUGUGCUGUCCUUCCAGGUGCCCCUCAUACUGAGAGGACUGUACCAGAGGAAGUACCCUUAUGCCCACGUGGGCCGGACGCUGUGCCAGCCCCCCACGCUGGCGGCUGUGGAGACCCAGUACUUCUUUGUGGACGUAUCGACCCUGUCCAGCCUGGGGACACACUACCAGCUGAGGAUCAGCCGGGUGGACAGCUUCACCCUGCAGACGAACAAGAAGUUCAGCUUCACUGCCUCCCCAUCUCAACCUCAGUACUUCAAGUAUGUGUUUCCUGAUGGUGUGGACACUGUUAUUGUGAAGGUCAGCUCUGAGAUGACCUUUCCCUGCUCCGUAAUGUCUAUCCAGGACAUCCAGUGCCCUGUGUAUGAUCUGGACAACAAUGUGGCCUUCAUAGGGAUGUAUCAGACCAUGACCAAAACUGCUGCCAUUACUGUCCAGAGGAAGGACUUCCCCAGCAACAGUUUCUACGUGGUGGUUGUGGUGAAGACCGAGGACGAGGCCUGCGGAGGGCCGCUCAGGUUCUACCCCCUCCAGCCCGACAAGUUUAUCAAUGCGGGGAAUCGCACCAAGUCCAUAGAUGUGGUGGUCUCGCCUGCCAUCGAAUCGGAGGUGUAUGUGAUGGGGAUGCUGUUCUGUCUGGGCAUCUUCCUGUCCUUCUACGUGAUCACCUUCCUGGUGGCCUGCGUGGAGAACAAGAGAAUGAACAAGAGGAGGGAGCUUCUGCUGAAUCCCGGGGACAUGUCGCCGGCGGAAACAGCUUCUCUACUGGGAAAAGGUUUAACUCCAGCCUCGCCCUAUGAAUAUGGCUCAUUCGCUGACAACGGCAGCACACUGAGUUCGGAGGCCGUCACAGACAGCAUCGCUUCAGCCGACGCCAACUACGGCUACUUGGGACAGGAGCCCUUCAAACGCAGACCAAUCCUCACGCACCACCAUGUAGCCAUCCGCUUUGAUCGCUCCCUGGAGAGCGUGGGGCGGGUUCGCCAGGAGUCCCUGAGCUCCGUGGAGGAGGACGACUAUGACACGCUGGCCGACAUCGACUCCGACAAGAACAUCGUCCGCACCAAGAAGUACCUGUGCGUGUCCGACCUGGCCCGCAAGGACAAGAGGGUCCUCAGUAAGAAGUACCAGAUCUAUUUCUGGAACAUUGCCACCAUUGGUGUGUUCUAUGCGCUCCCUGUCGUUCAGCUGGUCAUCACUUAUCAGACGGUUGUCAACGUGACAGGAAAUCAAGACAUCUGCUACUACAACUUCCUGUGUGCUCAUCCUCUGGGGGCUCUGAGUUCCUUCAACAACAUCCUUAGUAACCUUGGUUACGUGAUGCUGGGCCUCCUCUUCCUGCUCAUUGUGUUGAAGAGAGACAUUGUGCACCAGCGAGCACUCUUACGCAACGAACUCAACGCGCAUGAGUGUGGCAUCCCCAAGCACUUUGGUCUGUUCUAUGCCAUGGGCACGGCUCUGAUGAUGGAGGGUUUACUGAGCGCCUGCUAUCACGUCUGCCCCAACUACACCAACUUCCAGUUUGACACCUCCUUCAUGUACAUGAUUGCGGGCCUGUGCAUGCUGAAGCUGUACCAGAAGAGACACCCGGACAUCAACGCCAGCGCCUACACGGCCUACGCCUGCCUCGCUGCUGUCAUCUUCUUCUCUGUGCUGGGAGUGGUGUUUGGGAAGGGCAACAUGGUGUUCUGGAUCGUCUUCUCUGUCAUCCACAUCCUGGCCACUAUGCUGCUCAGCACACAGCUCUACUACAUGGGCCGCUGGAGGCUGGACUCUGGGGUCCUGCGCAGGAUAGUGUACGUCAUCUACACUGACUGUAUCAGACAGUGCAGCGGACCCAUGUACAUCGACCGUAUGGUGCUGCUCGUAAUGGGGAACAUUGUGAACUGGUCUCUUGCUGCGUAUGGACUGCUAGAGAGGCCCAAUGACUUUGCCUCUUAUCUUCUGGCCAUCGGCAUCUGUAACCUGCUCCUGUACUUUGCCUUCUACAUCAUCAUGAAGCUGCGGAGUGGGGAGAGGAUCAAGUGUCUGGCCCUGGUGUGUGUUCUCUUCACAGCGGUCGUCUGGGGCUUCGCUCUCUUCUUCUUCUUCCAGGGACUCAGCACCUGGCAGAAAACUCCCGCCGAGUCUCGAGAGCACAACCGGGAGUGCAUCCUGCUCUCCUUCUUCGACGACCACGACAUCUGGCACUUCUUGUCCUCCAUCGCCAUGUUCGGCUCCUUCCUGGUUCUCCUAACCAUGGAUGACGACCUGGACUCAGUCCAGAGGGACAAGAUCUUCGUCUUCUGAGAGAGAAGCGCCAGACUCCGCCUUAACGUCUCGACACUGGCCAAUGGGGACCCAGCGGUGCGCUGAGACGUCCAAUACCUCCCUCCCUCCCUGACUGCAAUUGGCCGCUUCCCCCUCAGCCUCUCCCACAGCCAAUCAGAGGCCGGGGAAAGGACGGCGCUCCCUCCCCCUCUCCCCCCAAAGCUGGAGCCUGUGUGUGUGUGUGUGUGUGGACACUUUGCGUGCCAAUCAUGCGAGCUUGACUCUGUCGCUGCCAUUGAUUUUCCUGUCAUGCUCCCGUCCACUUUGUCGAUGAGCUCUAUAAACGGUUCCCAGUUAACUUAUUUUAUACUGUCGUGAUUUACCUGCAACUUCAUCAGUGCAUUUUGAACUCGCUGGGUGUAAACUCUCUUUUUACGCUGUGUGUUUGUAAUCCGGGCGCGCCUGCGUGUGUGUGUGUGGGAGAAGUGUUUCCGUGUCCAGUCUUGUCAGUGGCCUUUGGUGUUCUGAUCACGUUUCUACAGUACACGUGUUACACUCUGGAUUCCUGGGAUGAAGACAAGUACGACGAUUGUAUAUUAGUUCAAAUGUAAACGGCCCUAUAUGGAAAAACAUGUUUGCACUCUACAAUGUGAAAGAAAUUAUCUUAGUCCAGAGCAAUGUAAAGAAAUGGUUACCAAAUAAAGGUUUUGUCUAAAAUAAAUACUA